AUGUCUGCCAGUUCGGUAUCUUCGUAUUACAAUGCUUUAGCGACAAGUAUACCUCUACAACAGGGCGGUGAUCCAGCAGCUGGCGAUGCAGGUUCAACUGCAGGUGCUGGAGAUAGCAAUGCGGGCGCCUCGGGGCACAAUGGUAGUUCCUUCACGUUGUCUACAGGCGCCAUCAUAGCCAUUGCUGUAGUUGCCAGCGUUGUGUGCUUGGGAGGUAUCGCUUCGUCUGUACUAUGGUAUUUUGCGAAGAAGAGGUCGUGGGAGGUUCGCGCAAAAAUGCGAAAAUCUGCAAGAAAAAUCGCAACAGCCUUAACACCAAGACGCUCAGCCUUCCCCAAGGACGUCCAAAACCCCAGAAAGAAAUCGAAUCGCGGUCUGUCUAGAAUAGAAGAAGUCCCAAACACACCUAGACUUGGAGGCAACGAUGUCGAAAAGGGAAACUCAAAAUUAUCGUCCUUCGAAAUGUCGGAACCACCUAAAGCGAAGGCUAAAUGGGGGAAGAAGGCAACGCGGCCAUGA